UGGAGCUUUCGUGAGAUGGCUUCAGGCUCGGCAGGAGGUGGCCGGGGCUGGACUCGGGGCUGUCCCCUGGGGCUCUCUGGGCAGCGGGGUGCUUUGGUGGGGUCUUGCUGUCUCCUUCCCAGAAAGCCCCUGGUAUGGCUGCCUGCCCACCACCACAACUCGGGGCUUUCUCUUUGCAGGAGCAGAAAGAUCCAGAUCCGAAACAUCCCCCCGCACCUGCAGUGGGAGGUGCUGGAUGGUCUCUUGGCUCAGUAUGGGACAGUGGAGAAUGUAGAGCAAGUUAACACAGACACAGAAACUGCAGUUGUCAACGUUACAUACGCAACGAAAGAAGAAGCAAAAGUAGCAAUUGAGAAGCUCAGCGGCCAUCAGCUUGAGAGCUAUUCCUUCAAGGUUUCCUACAUCCCGGACGAAGAGGUGAGCUCCCCUCCACCCCCCCAGCGAUCCCGCCGCGGGGGCCACGCUUCCAGGGAGCAGGGCUCCUCCCCGGGGGGCUCACAGCCCAAACAGCUCGAUUUCCCACUGCGGAUGCUGGUGCCCACGCAGUUUGUUGGUGCGAUCAUAGGAAAGGAGGGCUUGACCAUAAAGAACCUAACUAAGCAAACCCAGUCCAAGGUUGACAUCCAUCGGAAGGAGAAUGCUGGCGCUGCCGAGAAGCCCAUCACCAUCCAUGCCACACCAGAAGGCUGCUCCGAGGCGUGCCGCAUGAUUCUCGAUAUCAUGCAGAAGGAAGCCGAUGAAACCAAAUCAGCAGAAGAGAUCCCCUUGAAAAUCCUAGCACAUAACAGCCUGGUGGGGAGGCUGAUAGGCAAGGAGGGCCGCAACCUGAAGAAGAUCGAGCAGGACACCGGCACGAAGAUCACCAUUUCGCCUUUGCAGGAUUUAACUAUUUAUAACCCUGAGAGGACCAUCACGGUGAAGGGCAGCACAGAGGCAUGCUCCAAUGCUGAAGUGGAGAUCAUGAAGAAGCUGCGAGAGGCUUAUGAGAACGACAUUGUGGCUGUCAAUCAACAGGCCAACCUGAUCCCAGGACUGAACCUUAGCGCUUUGGGGAUCUUCUCGACAGGGCUGUCCAUGCUCCCAUCCUCAGUGGGGGCUCGAGGCGCUGCCGCAGCUGCCCCUUACCACCCUUUUGCACAGAGUGGCAGGAGGAGAACGAGCUCCUCGGCGUACCUCUCAGGGCUGUAUGGAGCCUCCCCAGUUGGUGCCUUCCCACAUCAGCACCCCCUCCCUGAGCAGGAGGUUGUGAACUUGUUCAUCCCGACGCAGGCAGUGGGAGCCAUCAUUGGGAAGAAGGGGCAGCACAUCAAGCAGCUGGCACGCUUCGCAGGGGCCUCCAUCAAGAUUGCCCCAGCAGAAGGUCCUGAUGCCACUGAGCGGAUGGUCAUCAUCACGGGGCCACCCGAGGCGCAGUUCAAGGCCCAGGGGCGAAUAUUUGGGAAGCUGAAAGAAGAGAACUUCUUCAACCCGAAAGAAGAGGUGAAGCUUGAAGCCCACAUCAAGGUGCCUUCCUUUGCAGCUGGCCGUGUGAUAGGCAAAGGUGGCAAAACGGUGAACGAGCUGCAAAACUUAACGAGCGCAGAGGUCAUCGUGCCCCGAGACCAAACCCCAGAUGAGAAUGAGGAGGUCAUCGUUAAGAUCAUUGGGCAUUUCUUUGCCAGCCAGACUGCACAGCGCAAGAUCAGGGAAAUCGUCCAGCAGGUGAAGCAGCAGGAGCAGAAACACGCUCAGGGAGCCCCUGCCUCGCAGCACAGCAAGUGAGGCUCCCUCCCAGCGCGCCGAUGAAUGUACCCCUGCCAGCGUGGGCAGGGAGCAACCAAAGAGCACCCCGGGGCACAGGGAUGGCGUGGGGACGGCCCCCUGCACCCCGCAGCACCCGGCCUCUCCAUCCCACAGCCUCCGCCUGACUCGAUUCCUGACGCUAUCCCUUUAGUUGGACUAACAUAGGCAGAGGGCUUUGGGAUUUUGUUGUUUUGUUUGUUUGUUUUUCUAAUCGUUUCUAUUAUUUUCCCCAAAUGCCCCGUUUUGCAACCAUUCCCUGGCCAGGUGUGGCUGGAGGAUCCCAUCCGGCACCUGGUGUCCGUGCCGGUCAUAUAUUUUAGAAUUAAUAUAUCAAUAACAAAACUAA